GUGGACUGGUGCUGUUUGGCAUAUGCAGUCUGAUUAUGGACGUGUUUAAGAUUGCUAACUACGUAGGCUACCUGCAUUGUGACUCUGCUGUGAAGAUAGUGUUCCCUGUCCUACAAGCUGUGUUCAUACUUGUCCAGACAUACUUCCUCUGGCUCCACGCUAAAGACUGUGUACAGCUACAACGGAACAUAACUCGCUGUGGGCUGAUGUUGACUGUCUACCAAUCUGAUGUUGUGGAUGGCAGCCGUCACAGAGGAGUCCCUACACCAGACUGUUGUUCCACCAGAGGACGCAACAGCACACAUUCCUAUGACAUCAGAGCCUCUGGCGGAUACAGCAGAUGUAACUGCAGCCACUCUGCCUGUGCCGUCUUAGAGAAGGCCUAUUACUACCUGUACCCCUUCAACAUCGAGUACAGCCUGUUUGCCUCGGCCAUGGCCUACGUCAUGUGGAAGAACGUGGGCCGCCUGGUAGAUGAGCACAACCACCACUCGCUCCAUUUCCGCUUGAAGGACGUGCUGGUGGGGCCUGCGGUCGGGCUGGUCAUGCUGAUGGGCGGGCCUGGAACCUUGUCAUCUACAGGUGGACGUGAGAAGGAGGACCCGGGGAAACGUGACGGGCUGAUGAUACACUACGUGAUGAACACGGUGGCUGUGACGCUCAUGUCCGUCUCGACCGUGGCUGGUUGCGCCAUCUACCGGCUGGACCAGAGGGACCACGUGUCGGGGAAGAACCCCACACGGAGCCUGGAUGUAGGCUUGCUGAUCGGCGCCUCAAUCGGACAGUUCACCAUCUGUUAUUUCACCAUCGUGGCUGUGGUGGCAACGGGGGCCGAGGGCCACCUCAACGCUCUCAACCUGGCUGUCUCCCUGCUCACUGUGAUCCAGCUCUGCCUGCAGAACAUCUUCAUCAUCGAGGGCCUGCAUCGCGAGCCCUUCCACGAAGACAUGCACCAGGCCUCUGUAUUCACAAACCCAUACGUCCUUCAAGCCCAAGCCCAUAGAGACAUACACAACCUKCCAGGGACAUUCAUGGAGACCAAGACGUCCCCGGCCCUCACAGUUCACAGUAUGCAUGUUGCUCCUUCUGCUCCUUCUGGUUCCCCCCUGCCUCAACGCCAUAGGCUGACAUGGAAGAGGAGAGCCCUGAAGGAGAUCUGUGCAUUUCUGCUGCUCUGCAACAUCCUUCUCUGGAUCAUGCCGGCGUUUGGCGCCCGCCCUCAGUUUGACAACACGAUUGGAGCAGAGUUUUACGAGUUCACCAUGUGGGUGGCUGUUGUGAAUAUCGGACUUCCUUUCGGAAUCUUCUACCGUAUGCACUCAGUCGCCAGCCUCUUUGAGGUCUUCCUAACCUCCUAAGCAGGUGAAUUACAGGAACAAU